UUCCAGCUACGGUCCUACUUUUGUGUUCUCUCCCAUUUCGUGACGUGUCUGCGGUAAAUUUAUUUAAAAUCGCCUUUAUCCUUAAAUUACCGGACCAAUAACCGAAGGAAGAUCAACAUGGUGGAGCUGUCGAGCGUCAUUUCCAAGUUCUACAACGACUACGUGCAGAACACGCCCAAGAAGCUGAAGCUGGUGGACAUCUACCUGGGCUACAUUCUGCUGACCGGCAUCAUCCAGUUUGUUUACUGCUGCCUGGUGGGCACCUUCCCGUUCAACUCCUUCCUCUCCGGAUUCAUCAGCACCGUCAGCUGCUUCGUCCUGGCCGUGUGCCUCCGCCUGCAGGCCAAUCCCCAGAACAAGACGGUCUUUGCCGGCAUUUCGCCGGAACGCGGAUUCGCCGACUUCAUCUUCGCCCAUGUGAUCCUGCACCUGGUGGUGAUGAACUUCAUCGGUUAACCAAGCUACCCAACAUGCGACUCGGAUAUAUUUAUAAAUAAAAUGUAACUCUAAUAGUA